AUGGAUGAUAUUCCAUUUGAGACCACGACAGACACGUUUCUGUUCGAAGGAAGCACUUCUUCAGUGUCUGGUAUCACGAGUACCACGGCAGAAGUCUAUGCAGAAUAUGAGGAGUGUUACAAUGAUCCGAUGUUUACAAUAUUCACAUAUACGGUAUGUUGAAACUCUACUCUAAUAUUAACUACUGCGUUGCUAGGUGGAUGAUAUGCUACUUGCCGCAAGUAUGGCAGCUACCGUAUUCAAUGUCAUGGUCAUAUUCUGUGCAAUCAAGUUGUUCAAACGGAGCGGGGAUACAAUGCACUUAUUCAUUCUGAACAUGACAGUUGGAGAUCUCAUCUUAACAAGUAAUAUUUUACCCUGUAACUUUGUGUUGUCACAAUUAAUAUUCUAGUAUUCUGCCAUCCGAACGAGUUGCUCAUCCGAAAGCACGACUUCCUCCAACAAAAACAUCUCUGCGCCGUUGUUCAUUACUUCAAUUGGAUCGGUCUCGCUGUAUCCGGUUUAUCUUUGACACUCCUUAACGUCGACAAAGUAUCGAAUCGUCACGAUUGA